AUGGAUCGUGUAUACGUGCAGCAGCAAAAUGUUGAUCCUGUAUAUAACUUGGGUCUGAUUAUUUUUCGCGAUGAAAUCAUACGAUACGGCACAUUAGGUGACACGCUGCGCAACAUACUGCUUAAAAUGAUUGCUGCUGAACGUGGAGGCGAAAUUAUAAACAGGUAUCUUUUCAGGAUCAUGGUAAAAAACAGCCCAAGAAUCUUAAAACUACAUGUUAUCGCGAUUUUUAUGACUGUGCGUUAA